AUGGACCCUUCCGCUAAGCGGCAAAUCAUCCUCAAUGCAUUUGACAUGUUCAGCCCGAGCCACCUAUGCUUCGGCCAGUGGCGCAGGGGUAAAGAUGAAGUCGCCGACAAGUUUGGGGAUCUCAAUUACUGGACCAAUCUCGCGCAGACACUUGAACAAGGAAACAUUAACGCAUUGAUAUUGGCCGAUACCUUUGGUCAGCACGAUGUUUACAAGGGAAGCGCCGAACCGACGAUACGAACGAGUUGCCAGUUCCCCAUGGGUGAUCCUGUUAUACCGGUGACAGCGAUGGCAGCUGUGACGAAGAAGCUUGGAUUCAUCGUCACAACCAGUACGAGUUAUGAGGCACCAUUUGUCAUCGCCAAAAGAUUCUCAACCCUCGACCAUCUUACGAAAGGCCGUUUUGGCUGGAAUAUUGUCACUUCUUUCAAGGAAUCCGCUGCUAAAGCCGUCGGUGUGCCUUAUGUUGAACACGAUGAAAGAUACGCCGCUGCUGAUGAAUACAUGGAGUUGCUCUACAAAAUUUGGGAAAGCUCAUGGGCAGAUGACGCUCUCAAAAAGGAGGCAACAAGCAACACUUAUGCUGAUCCCAGUCGCAUACGUUGGAUCAAGCAUCACACGGCAAGAUUCAACGUAGAUGCCCCUCACAUUUUGCAUCCUUCUCCUCAAAGAACUCCGUUUCUGCUUCAAGCAGGGACGUCGCCCGCCGGUAUAGAUUUUGCUGCCAAGCAUGCUGAAGGUAUCAUGAUAUCGGGGCUUUCACCUCACAUUUUGGCGCCGCGCGUAGCCGCCAUCCGUCAUAAAGCUGCUGAGUCUGGUCGUGAUCCUCGUAGUGUUAAGAUCUUCGCCGUCAUUACUCCAAUUAUCGGCAGGGCAGAUGAAGAAGCUAAGGCGAAAUACCGCAAAGCCUUGGAAUAUGCAAGCUUUGAGGCCGGUCUUGCAUUCUUUUCAGGCAAUGCUGGAAUAGACCUUGCCAAAUAUGACCUCGAUGCCGAGAUUAGACCAGAUGAUGCAAAUAUUGACGGGCGGGUACACUCGCUGGUCAGCAGUCUCAAAUAUCGUGGCAAUGACAUUCCAUCGUGGACGGCUCGCAACAUUGGAAAGGCAAUGGCAAUCGGCGGGAACGGGCCUGUGCCUGUUGGAUCAGCAGCCCGUGUCGCCGAUUUCCUGGAGGAGUGGGUAAGAAUUGCAGACUUGGAUGGUUUCAACGUCGGGCACGUCACAAGCCCUGGGAGCUUUGAAGAUUUGGUAGAUUUAUUGGUCCCUGAGCUCCGUCGAAGAGGACUGUACGGGCACGACGGACUCUUGGGAGAUGGUAUCACGUUGCGUGAGAGAAUUUACGGUGCUGAUCAGAGACACCUACGCAACGACCACUUUGGAAGUCGGUACAAAUAUGAAUAG